AUGUCCAAUCAAAGCAGCACAUCUGUGGUGGAAUUUGUGAUUGUUGGUUUUCCAGGAUUCAGGGACAUCGAAAGCAGGAAAACUCUACUGACCGUCUUCCUAACUGUUUACCUCUGCAUUUUGUUAGGAAACAUUCUCCUGAUUCUAAUAUUCACAUCAGACAAAUCCCUUCAUACGCCAAUGUAUGUUCUGGUUUGUGGAUUGGCCAUCUUAGACAUUGUCAUUACCACUAACACCAUUCCAAGCAUGCUGGUGCUAUUCAUUUUAGGAUCCAGGUCGGUUUCAUUUGUGGCCUGCUUCACGCAGACAACUUUCUACUUGAGUCUGUUCUGUACCGAAUCUUUCAUCCUUAGCUUGAUGGCGUAUGACAGAUAUAUAGCAAUCUGCAACCCAUUCCACUAUCCCAACUUAAUGAACAAUGGCCGUGCUAUUAAACUGAUUGUGUGCUGUUUGAUGGCUGGGUUGCUUUGCGCAGCACUAAGUGUGGGUCUAGCUCUCAGGUUUCCCUUUUGUGGACCGAACAAAGUUAAUCAGUGUUUUUGUGAUUAUUCCUCUGUUUUGAUGUUGGCCUGUGGAGACAUCACAGUGACAAGUUAUGUGGGUCUCACCACCGGUCUGAGUGUACUGCUAUUCCCGCUGAUAUAUAUUCUGUUUUCUUAUAUGCGUAUCAUAUCUUCUGUUCUCAAGAUUAGCACCUCCGAAGGACGCCUGAAAGCUUUUUACACCUGUGGGACUCACUUGUUGGUCAUUUCUGUCUUUUACUUUGUGGCUGCUAGCGUCUUCAUCUCCUACCGAAUUCCUGGCACCUCUGUGGAUAUGAGAAUCAUGGGAGCGAUAAUUCAGAAUGUGUUUCCUGCUCUCAUGAACCCAGUCAUUUACUGCCUAAGGACCAAAGAGAUCAGAGACAGCCUUGUUAAGACACUCAGAAAGUGUAAAGUCUUGCCUCAAAAUAUGUAA